GAUAUCUUCGGCAGCGGUUUUAAUGGUGGCGGAAUCCAUGGUGGAAUUCAUGAUGGAGGUAUCCAUAGUGGAAUACACGGUGGUAGUGCUAUUAUCGGCAGUGGAAUCUCUAAUGGCCCAAGUGAAUGCAGAUAUUGGUGCAAGACUCCGGAGGGUCAAGCCUACUGCUGCGAGACGGUGCAUGAACCAGAGACACCUGUUGGCACCAAGCCACUCAAUUGCCCACAAGUCCGUCCCACAUGCCCACGAUUCCAUGGUCCCCCCAAUACCUGUUCCAACGACUACAAGUGUGCUGGCCUCGAUAAGUGUUGCUUCGACAGGUGUUUGGGAGAACACGUAUGCAAACCUCCCUCAUUUUUUCAAUAAUCAUCUCCCCUUUUAAAGGUGGUUAUUGCUAAUAAAGAGCCAUCGGUCUUGGUGGCCGUCUCCGCCGGUGUAGACUAAAGGAAAGG